UCAUAAACGUCACAUCAAAAUUUACAAGCAAGUGCAAAGAAAAUACAAAUAAAAAUGUGAGGCACCCGCAAAGUAUUAUAAUGAUAAGUGUCAGAGGUUUAUUUAUGGUGAUGGUGAAAAGCGCGUUCAUUGUCGCCUUCCUGAGCAUUCCGAACCCAGUAAUCGCAUUCACAGGCCUCAAGAACUGGUCUAGGAAGGCUUUGUACCAUAAAGUCGACCUCUGCACUCAGUCCUGCUACAGCCAGAUCGUCCCAGGUCUCUACCUCAGCAAUGCAAGGGCAGCAGCCGACCAGAGCGUCCUACGACACCUUAACAUCACCCAUGUGCUCACCGUUGAGGCGCAUCGGCUUCCGAAGUCAACUUUCGCUAAUACAAACAUCAGUACGCUCUUCAUUCGGGCCGACGACACUCCUUCGACCAAUCUCAUGUCCUACUUCCCAAUGGCCAACGCCUUCAUCGAUGAAGGGCUGCAGAAAGGGAACGUCCUCGUGCAUUGUCACUUCGGGGUCUCCCGGUCCGCCACGAUUGUUAUCGCGUAUCUCAUGGAAAAAUACAGCCUGACGUUCGAGCAAGCAUACUUCUACGUCAGACAACGGAGACGCUUCAUAAACCCGAACCCUGGAUUCGUCAGUCAGUUGAAGGAGUACCAGCGAUUGAACUAUGACGUCAAAGGCUUCCAAAGAUUCGAAGCGUACAUGAACGUCAAUGCGAGGAAACACAAAUACAAGAUUGCAUCCUUAGCAGCCGUUUUGGUUGGGGUCCUAGUCCCAAUAGUUGUCCUGGUUGGUUAAAUUUACGUCAAGAUAAACAGAUCAAGUGCAUUAU